UGAUAGUUCUGAUACUUGAAUUAAUAAGAGUAAUGCAUAGAGGUAAAUAACACUAUUUUAGGAUGAUGUCAUUGUUCAAGCGCAURGGCCGGAACCAGGAACCUUUGUUGUGUUCCGCGGCCGAGUUUGCUGGCGGACACGUUUCCGGUAAUGAGCAUCCGGGUUUCCGUCGUUUCUUCAAAACAAUCUUUGGAAGCUUGAACCACUUUUUCUUCAGUGAUGGACCGCAGCAGGUCACCGGACAGAGCUGGAGGAGAGAAAAAACACAAUAAAAAGAAACGGAAACGAUCUUCUUCUUCAUCCUCCUCCUCAUCAUCGACCUCCUCCUCCAGCAGCAGAGGCAGAUCCUCUUCAAAGAAAAAAUCUCACAGAAAGAAAGAUGGGCAGAGAAAGAAACGCAGAACUCGCUCUUCUUCUUCAUCGUCCACCUCUUCUUCCGCCUCCUCUUCUUCCUCGUCGUCUUCAUCCUCCAGAGACGAGAGGAGAAAGAAGAAGAAGAGCAAAGCCAAGAAGAAGAAGAAGAAGAAGCUGAAGAAGCAAAAAGCGAAGCUGAAGAAGCAGAAGAAAAAGGAGAAGAAGUUGAAGAAGAAGCUGCAGAAGGAUGCAGAGGAGCUCCAGAAAGCAGCGGAGAAACCUCCAUCCUUCCUGGAGAUGUGGCAGAACGAUGAGGAGGCAGAGGAGCUCGGGCCAGUCAUGACCGACGAGCAGAAGGCCCGACUCUCCACUAAGAGGCCUCUCACCAAAGAGGAGUACGAGGCCCGGCAGAGUGUGAUCCGCAAGGUGGUGGACCCUGAAACAGGACGGACCAGGCUGGUGAGAGGAGAGGGAGAGAUCAUUGAGGAGAUAGUCAGUCGAGACAGACACAAAGAGAUGAAUAAGCAAGCUACAAAGGGAGAUGGGAACGCYUUCCAGAGAAAACUGGGACUCAACAAAUAGAAAUCAACACCGUUUCAUUAUUACAACCUGUGGCCAAAAUGGCUGAAAUGUUUAAAAACUGAACAAAAUGUUUGGUUGUAAUGAGUCAACGAGGAGCUGAAGAAGCAACAACUUUAUACAACAACAGUUAAUUUAUGUUUACUUUGAUUUCUCUGUGUUAAUGUUUCAAAAAUAUUUCAGAUGUUUGAUUAAGGUUUUGAACCGGAUUGACUGUAAACAUUAAAAUGUUGUCAUUUAUUAUCAGCAUGUAGAUAUAGUUUAAUUAAUGUAAAACACAAAGUCAGAUCAAGUCUUCAUUUUCCCUAAACAAAUUUUACACAAAGGCUAAAAAUGAAAAAUUUGUCUAACGUCUCCUUUGCACUGGGCAAAAAUCUUUUCUCUCCAUGAUAAGAUCAUCUUGUAAUUUUUAGUGUUCUGUAGGCUGUUGUGUUUUUGAGGCCUGUCACUUCCUCUUCAGCAGAGAUACGGUAGAUUGUCAGACAGAAAAAUCUGAUGGAAAAAUAAAAUAAAAACCUCAAGUUUGAACAACUAUUUGGGGAAAGAAUAAUUGGACAAAGGAAGAGUGGAGAACCAGAUGUCAAGACCUGAACCAGGCCCUGCUGUAAUGAGGACUUUGAGGACCCGGUGGCUCCAACUCCCUCCAUCUUAAAUCAUUUCCGGUCUCAAUCAAACACAUCUUUAAAACGAAGCCGAAUCGCAGUUUUCAAAAUGUGCAUAGGUCGACGUUUCCUAGUUUUUCACAUCUUUUUACUAUGUUCAUAAAAUUUACAAAUAAAAAUAUAAAACAAAA